AUGGACGAAGAAAUAAAUGAAUGGGGCGUGGGCGAGGAUACGAUGGAGGAUGAUUUAGAUUUUGACGCUUCGAAAAUAUCCGAGCCCUCGUCCGCGCCGAGGAGCAAACUCGAAUACAUAAGUUCGCUUCCGACCCAAGACACGUCCAUUCAAUCGAAUCCGAAAGAAAAUCCAUUCUCUGAUGGGAUGCCGACGGACGGGCACGAUACCCAAGGAUCGAAGAACCAGGAGGACUUCAAAAAGUCCACGUCUCUGGGCCAGUUGGGCAAGGACGCGUCCCAAAAACAAAAUCCAAAAUCCGGGAAGACGUAUCGAAAAUGCCAGCGCAAGUUCAAAGAGAUGAUAAUAAAUCGUGAGCUGAAGAACGAAGAAUUGGAGAAGCAACAGGGGGAUCUGAAGCAUCGAUUGAACAUCUUGGAAUGCUCCAUGCCGGCCGUGAUGGUGUGGAAUAUCUGGAGGAUGGCUCAAGGGACGUGUGUGCCUAAUCUCCAGCGUAUCAUGGAGAAGCAGUUCCAAGGGCCAGCUUCGGGGGAGGUGUAUUGCCCGAAGACGCCCAGCCGACAUUUCGAUUGCAGAGUGAGGGAGGUCGAGGCGGAGAGGAAGGAGGCUCAGAGGAGGAUGGACGAGGCUAAGAAUCUUUGGACCGAGAAGGAAGCUCUGUUGGAGGACAAGAUGAGGAGGUUGGGCGAGGUUAAGAUCCUUCAGGAAGAGAUGAAGGGAAAGAUCGAGAAGCUAACUGUCGAGGCACAGAAAUUGAAAGAGGCUUACAAGGUGGAGGACGAGGACGAUCGCUCGUGCGAGGCUGGCGAGUGCGGGGUAAUAGAGUGCAAAAAGAAGUGGUUAAAGAAACUGCCUAGCAACGCGUCGAUUAAAUCGACCGAUAUCGAGUGUUUAGAAAAGCUUCAGGAAUUGGCCGAGACUGAAUUGUACAUGAAGAGACAAAUCGCCGAGUUGGAGAAUAGGGAGGACGCCUAUAUGAGAACGCUCCAACAAGCGGACGAUCUUUGGUGUAAAUUGGACAGCGAUGUUGCAAGUACCAUAAGCAGUUUGCAGGAGCAAUUAGAAAUGAAGACGGCGGCAAAUCAACAGAUGGCAGAUCGAAUUGUCGAGUUGGAAGAUGUGAUAGAGAAGCUCAGAUCAAGACUGUCCACCUGCAGGGGUGAAUUGGAGAAGUACCUUAGCGUGACCAAGAUAGAGGCUUUGGUGGGCAAAGAGGAGGACUUUGCCGAUGUGCUUGACAUAGAUGUAGAGGUUAAAGUAGAUAUAAAAGAGGAAUUGGUAGGGGUCGAAGAUUAUGCGGAAAUCGAAGAGAAAGAAAUUAUAACUGAGAUGGAUAUAGUGGAGAAGGAUGUUUUAGCGGUCCCGGAAAUAGUUGAGGAUGAGGUGGAAGUGAAGCCAGAGAUAGUUGAGGAUGAGGUGGAAGUGAAGCCAGAGAUAAUUGAUGUCGAUUUGGAAGUGAAGCCAGAGUUAGUCGAGGUUGACGUAGAAAUUAAACCUGAUGUGGUUGAAGACGAAAUAGAGAUAAAACCUGAGAUAAUAGAGGCUGAGGUAGAAGCUGUACCUGAGACGAUCGAUGUUGAAAUAGACACCGAUGUUGUAAAAGUGGAGGAUGAAGAAGUGGAAAUCAAACCGGAGGAUUUUGUUUAUCAAGAAGCAAUGUUAGAAGAAGCUUCAGAAUAUUUGGGGCAAAUAACAUCUCUCUCUGAAUUGGAUAAAUAUGAUGAUGAUUUUGUCUGUCCUCGAGAUUUCAUUUGUAACGAUGUAGUGCUCACUGAAACUGGUUUAACGGAAGAAGAAAUGACUGCAUUGAAGGAAAAUCUUAUCUCGCCACAGCAAUUAUUAGAAGAACAUGGGUGGCAAAUAAAUAUAGAAGACCUAAUUGCUAAAAAACCAGUUAUCGAUGAACCACCUAUUCCUAUAAAAGAGGAAAUAGAAAUUGAACCUCCACCACCCAUUGAGAAAAUUGAACCUGUUGUUAAAGUAGAGCCAGAUGUUAAGGUGGAAAUACCUGAAUAUGAACCUGUCGAGGAAAUUACACCUAUAGAAGAAAAGAUUGAUGUGCCUGAACCAUUUGUGGAAGACGUGAAACCUGUUGAGGAGAUUAGGCCUAUAGAAGAAAUUACACCUGUCGAGGAAAUUAGACCAAUAGAAGAACCUAUUGAACCUAUUGCGGAAGUUAUACCAAUAGAAGAACCUAUUGAACCUAUUGCGGAAGUUAUACCACCGGAAGUUAUCAAAGUGGAAGAAGAAAUCAUACCAGUAGAGGAGCCAACACCUAUUGAAGAAAUUAAACCCAUUCCAGAAGUUUAUCCUCCUGAACCUCCUAUCGAAGUUGAAAGACCAGAAGAUAUACCAAUUGAUACGGAUAAUAUUAUUGUCCCACGAAAAGAAAUGUUAUCGUGGGAAGAUGAUGUUGAUACGAUCAGAGCAACGAUAGCGGAAUGUCCUGAUUGCGUGACCGUAAAAGAGGAUGCCGACAAGUUGGCGGCAAAGAUGGCAGCAUAUACUGAAACUGAAGUAAAAGAAAUAAUUGUGAAACUUAGAGUUCGCGAAGAAAUACCUCCGCCAAAAGAAAUCGAAAUACAAGUCGAGCCUGAAGUGGAGCCAAAAAUUGAAAUAGCUGCAGAAGCAAAACCUGUAGUCCGCGAAGAAAUGGUCGAAGUAAAAUUAGAACCUGAAAUUCCUUCAGAACCGCCUUCCUCGCCAUUGGUAUCAACCUUAGUCGUGGAGAAGGAAGAUGAAAUAUCAGAAGUAGUGCGUAAAUUGGAAGUAUUACCAGAACCAAUAGAAGAAGAAGAGAUCAAAAAGGAGCCAAUAGAAGAAGAAGAAGAAAUUGUGGUGCCAUUAGAGUACAAAGAAGAAAUUAAAGAAGAAAUACCAGAAAUUAAGCCAGAAGAUAAACCAGAAAUUGUACCAGAAGUUAAGCCAGAAGUUGUACCAGAAGUUGAGCCAGAAGUUAAGCCAGAAGUUGAGCCAGAAGUUGUACCAGAAGUUGAGCCAGAAGUUGUACUAGAAGUUGUACCAGAAAUUGUGCCAGAAGUUGAACCAGAAGUUGUGCCAGAAGUUGAACCAGAAGUUGUGCCAGAAGUUGUGCCAGAAGUUGUACCAGAAGUUGUGCCAGAAGUUGUGCCAGAAGUUGAACCAGAAGUUGAACCAGAAGUUGUACUAGAAGUUGUACCAGAAGUUGUGCCAGAAGUUGUGCCAGAAGUUGUGCCAGAAAUUGUGCCAGAAGUUGAACCAGAAGUUGUGCCAGAAGUUGUACCAGAAGUUGUGCCAGAAGUCGAACCAGAAGUUGUACCAGAAGUUGUAUCAGAAAUUGUGCCAGAAGUUGUAAUAGAUGUUGUAUCAGAAGUUGUACCAGAAGUUGUACCAGAAAUUAUACCAGAAGUUGUACCAGAAAUUGUACCAGAAGUUGAACCAGAAGUUGUACCAGAAGUUAUACCAGAAAUUGUACCAGAAAUUGAACCAGAAGUUGUACCAGAAGUUGUACCAGAAAUUGUACCAGAAGUUGAACCAGAAGUUGUACCAGAAGUUGAACCAGAAAUUGUACCAGAAGUUGUACCAGAAAUUGUACCACCAGUAAUACCACCAAAAGAACCAAUAAAGCCGGAAGAAGAAGAAGGAAUUUGCACAUGUCCACCUUUCCGUCCUCCUAAACCUCUUAGAAAGAUUGAAAUUACUCAGACGGAAAUCACAAGGAUCGAAACCGUUCAAGUGAUCACUCAAACAGUGGCAGAUGUCGAGACACAAACGAUUCCAAGAUUACCCCAACAACCCCAAUUAGUAACUAUUACAAAAGCGAUAAAUCCAGAUCCAGAAACGAUUCAGAAACUAUUGAUAUUUAAACAGCCUUUAAGGGAGCAGGAAAUAUUCAUGACAAUUCAAAAAAGUUCGAAAAUUGAAAAGAGUUCGUCUCUUCGUAUGAAAGCCAGGAGUUUAAGUGGCUAUUCUUAUCCUCCUUCUUCCGCUACCACUACCACUACUGCUCCCUAUGAAACUUUUUCCGCUGCUAUGCAAUCUCUGAAAACGGAGAGCAUGAAACCCGGCCCUGAAAAAGAACUUAGAUCCAUCUAUUAUACCAAGAAGUCUGAAGAGAUGGAGCAAGCGAAAUGCAAUUGUUGUAAAUGUGGAAAGAAAUUGCCUGAAAUGUACGAGUCGGCUUAUCCAACGUUGAAAAAACCUGCCACCAUCCAGCCACCUCAACACGAGGCUCUUUGCACAGAUUGCAAACUUAAAAAAAUUCAAAAGGUUCUGAAGGCGCAAGAUCCUUUGAAGAAGGUACCUAAGAAGCACACGUGUGAUCAAGAGAUCUGUACCUGUGCACCGAUACCGACCAAGGCCCUCACAAAAGCUUUUCCAUGCAAAAUGAAAAAGGAAAAGAUGGAUCAAGGUUGUACAGCGAAGAUACCCAAAUUGAAACGAAAGCCAAAAAAGAUAGACAAUGAUGAGGAUGAAGAUUCGGUGCUAUGCUCCUGCAGCGGUAUAAUAGAGACUAAAGAAGGACUGAAAAGAGUGCAUUGUGCCUGUGGUGACAUUGAUUGA